AAUACAUUCAGGACACGAGUGUCAAGCGCUGUCCAAUCAAUGAACGAUGAGGUUCCAACGGGGGUGUUUUUGUAUAAAAUACAAAUAGCUGACCUUGGUCGAUAUUGAAUAGCCAUGACAGUAUUAGGACAUAAUCGAUAACAUAAAGCUGAGAGUAAAAAAAUGAAACCUGUGGCAAAAGGCAAACGCAGAAAUGAGCGUAAAGGAAGGUCCAAAGCCGCAAAGACGGAAAAUAAACUGGACGUAUCAGGUCCUGAGAAGGGGAAAGACAAAGAAACGGAUGAAAUUGUGUCAUCAUCGUCUCUUGACAAUGUGAGUGGCAAUAAUAAUGGUGACGAUGUAGACCUCAGUAUUGGCCAUGAAGCCUUCCUCGGAUUCGAUGACAUCUCAAUAUAUAAUGAUAACCAACCGGACGAUUCGGCUUUCCCUAUUGAAGAACUUUCAGAUUUGACCCCUGGAAUGGGCUUGGUUUCACUGGUGGUUGGGGAGGGACCGCAGGCAGAAAACCUAAAGGACAUAAUCUCCAACCAGACGGUGGCCCACGAGGUGAGGUUAUGUCGUCUGGAGGAGGCGUUUGAAGCUUGUAACGUGCAGUGUUACCUCCUGAUCUGGGUGCUCAUUGACAUGCCUGUGACCCAAGAAGUUCUCAGCCUGACCACUUCCAUCCGGUAUGCAAGUAGUUGCAACAGAGGAACAGUCAUCAUUGGUGUUUCUGACGGCUCAGCAGUUGUUGAUUUGAGAUUACAUGGAAUCGAUGAAAUAAUUCUACAUCCAGUGACCAGCAAAGAUGUGCGUGAGAAAUACACAAACUGGACAUCAACGCCAAUCACUACAGUAGAGAAAAGAGAAGCACAAGAUUGUGAAGCUGCUGAAUUUUCAGAGCCAACAACUCCCUCAACCCCCGCAACGCCAGCUACACCAUCUACACCUGCCUCCGAAAGUGGGGACAGAUCUAGUGUGGCAAUAUCACUGGACAGUGGAAUAGAAUCUCCUGCUUUUAACCAGGCUUUAAACAAGUGCACAGUGCAACUGCCAUCAUUUUCUCAACUUAAGGCCAUGGUACCCAAACUAAGACAAAACAAAGUUCCCAGGCACAGUAGUGCUAUUGACCACACAACAAAGGAGAAAGUUCGAAGAGAACGAAUCAAGGAUAGCUGUGACCAGUUGAGAGUUUUGCUACCCUAUGUCAGGGGCCGCAAAACGGACAUGGCUUCCAUACUGGAAAUGUGUGUAGAGUACUUAAAACUUGUUAAUGAGUCACUGCCUCAGGAAUUUCAAAAUCAGAUAGCUGAACUGAUGACAAAAGGUCCUUUAAUGGAGGGGGCAGGUAGAAAUGGGAAGAGAUGUGAAAAAGGAGGAAAAUCUGCCAGGCUACCAAUGUCCCCGGGAGAGUCCAACUUAGUGACAUCAUCCAUAGAUACAGAACAAUUGAGCAAUGAGGAAAGCUCUAAACAGACUGGCUUUAAAAGAGAUUUGGUGGAUGGAAAUGGAAGCCAGUUUCCAGUAAAGAGAAUCAGAAUCCAGUCGGGAACAGAAGAAUACAGUCAAGUCCAGAAACCUCAAGCUGUACUGCCCUCUAUUGAGGCCCUCAAAGUCACAAAGAAAGAAAAUGCCUUCUCUGGGUUAGACCAUGCCACAUAUUCUGGAUACCCUUAUCAUCAGCUCUCCUCUCAGCUAUUGUAUGGUGAGUACGAUCCUUCAUGCCGUGUGUAUGGUGCUUGUGAUGGAUACAUGGCCACUCCCUACUAUACUCCCACCACCCCUAACAAACAGCAGAUGGAACGAGAAAGCAUCUACAUGGACAGCCAGAUGCUGUUCCACUUUUACGGUAAUGGAGCAAUGGCCAGUGGCUUCAACAUGAGCGGUCUAACUGAUUAUGUCAAUCCCAAUGCAGUAUUACCUAUAGCAUACAGCAAGAGCAAAUCGGAUCAACAACAGGAACAAUCUUCUCCCGUUUCUCAGAGCAAACCUGGAUAAUUAAGAUGGACUAGAUUCAGUAGACUAAGUAUUGACCAAAAUUAGGACUUCCCAAAAGAAAUUCCAGAGGAUAGGGAAAGAGGUAUCUUACGUUUCAAAAAAAAAAAACAACAACAACAAC